AUGUUACCAAAACAAGACCUCUGCCUGGCCAUAAUCGUUCUUCUGGCCAUUACCUCUAUUGGCCAGGCCCUGCCAAUGAGUGGAAGAGUGGUCAAUGGAACGGAUUCCAAUGUGGAGAAAUAUCCCUUUGUGAUUUCCCUUCGUGGUCCCUCUGGCUCCCAUUGGUGUGGCGGUUCCAUCAUUUCCAAGCAGUUUGUCAUGACCGCCGCCCAUUGCACCGAUGGAACCUCUGCUCACGAGCUUAGUGUCCAAUAUGGAGUAACCACAAUCAGUGCGGAGGGUCCAACUGUUGUUCGUGUCAAGAAAAUCAUUCAGCAUGAGGGAUAUAACCCUUACAAUAACUAUGCCAAUGAUAUAUCCCUGCUGAUGUUGGAGGAGCCUUUGGAGUUUGAUGGUGUCACUGUUGCUCCUGUAAAAUUGCCCCAAUUAGCCUAUGCCACGCCUCAAACGCAGGAAGGCAGUGAGGGCGUACUCAUCGGUUGGGGUUUAAAUGCAACUGGCGGCGUUAUCCAAAGCACCCUGCAGGAGGUGGGUCUGAAGGUAUACUCGGAUGAGGAGUGCACUGCCCGGCAUGAGGGAAACACGGAUCCCAAAUAUCACAUCUGUGGAGGAGUGGAUGAGGGCGGCAAGGGUCAGUGCAGUGGAGAUUCUGGUGGUCCUUUGAUCUACCAAGGUCAGCAGGUGGGCAUCGUAUCCUGGAGCAUCAAGCCCUGCACUGCUGCCCCUUAUCCUGGUGUCUACUGUAAGGUUUCUCAGUACAUUGACUGGAUCAAGAGGAACCAAAUUGUAUUGGGAUAAGCAAGUCCUUUUAUUUGUUAGUAUAAAUUGGAACGAUUAUUUUAAUUGAAUUUUAAAAUAAAAGUUAAUUUUUUAGGAGCAUA